AUGCAACCGAAUUUAAAACGCGAGAUCAAGUCUAUUGAAUAUUUAUUAAAUAAUUACAUUGCAUUUGAAGAGCGCCGCGGUGAAGUAUUUUUUUACCGCCCACUUGAUAAACCGAACCAUGGGACCAUUGAGUCUCACAUUCGUGCGACUGAUGAGAACUAUGAUAAGACGGUUGAGUUGAUUGAAGCGAAGAAAGAUUUACAAAUAGCCGUUCGCACGGUGAAAGAGGAGUUAGAAGGGCUAGUGAAGGUAUUAGGUUCUGAGAUUGAUCGUUUAGAAGCGGACAGUUACAAUGAGAAGUUAUAUGAGAUGUAUGAGCUUCGUGUAUCUCUUAUCGAGCAGUGGGCGACGUUCAAAUUGACAUCUCCUUACAUGCCCUAUGAAAAGGAGAGUAUUGAGAACCUCAAAGUGACUCGAAUUAAUAAAAUCCGGAACUCCUCCGAAUAUCUGAAGUGCAAGAAAUUGCACGAAGAGCACAUUAAAGUCCACGAAGACACUUAUCAAGGGCCUCGUGAAGUCUUAGAAAAGGAAAUUAGUGGGACUAUCACUGCAAUUGAGAGAGACGGCCUUACUCAGAUCAUUCAGAAAUCACUCACAAACGUCCUCUUCGACUCAGACAAGGACAACUGGAACAUCAACGUCUCCGUCUUCGACCAGAAAGUCCUUAACAAAGAAAAUCCGUGCUUUGUUAUCGAGGACAAAUGCGGAAAUAAAUUCGGCGUAUUGCUCACAGGAAAGUUCACAAAAGUCAACGAACCACAUCAGUUCGGAAGGUGGAUGUCCUUCUCCCUCGAAAAGGAAGGCGAACUCGAAAUGGUCAGAUUUGGAGUUCCAAACCAACCGCACACCGUGUUUAGUAAGGAAAAAGAAGAACUUGUCGUGUUUGGGAAUAACGAGAUCUGUUUGAAGAAAAGAAAUAUACUGUCGAAGUGUUUGAAUGAGUAUCGAUAUAUCACUGUAAAGGGUUCGCUGGCAUUUGUCAUUAAACGGUUGGUUGUGUACCAAUGGAAAUAA